AAGAGAGAGAGAAGAGAGGAGAGAGGAGAGAGAAGAGAGAUAGAGAGAGAGCAGCGAGACAGAGCGAGAGACAAGAGAGACAGAAGACGAGAGACCGAGCAGAGACAGCGACAGAGAGCGACAAUGCGCAGAGGCGACGAGCCGCGCUGA